AUGGAUCCUCGCACUCUGCACCAAGGCAAGUUUUAUUCGGUUUUCGAUAAUUCCCAUCAUCAAACAUCAUUCCACAUUCGGCUACUAGACUGGAUCUGCUCGCUAUCUUCUACUUUGAUAUUACCAUUCAUAUAUCAGACUUUAUUUCUGGUUGCUCGCUUUCUUGCUGGUGCUGGAUUCCAAAAUACGUCUGCUGCUUUGGAACAGGAGAUCAAUCAACGACAGUUGUCGGAACCAGCUUGUGUUGCUCAAUCCGAGUCUUGUCCUAAUGCAUCACAAACAGCCAGUGCACAAGUGUUAUCUAUAGCAUCCGCAUUGCUUCCUCCAGCGAUCGAUACUAAUGGCAAUCAACAUAUUCAAACGUAUUCGCAAAUGACCAGUCGUUAUGCACAUACUUCAUCCAACGAACUAAUGCACAUGGUUCAACUGGCAUUAAAUCAUGUUGAAUCUCUUUUACCUUUCCCAGCAUCAAUAUGCAGCAGUAUUGGCGCAACAUAUUUGCUUCAACUUGCAUCCUCAACUACACCAUCAAACGCAGCCACAAAUAAUACUAAUACGGCUGUUUGUCAAUCCUCUAAUUCACCUGUUUCAUCUCAUAUCAUUUCCACUACAAAACAAUUUUCACAAAAAUACAAUUUGGCUGCCGCGCUUGCCAGGUUUGAGCUUGGAGCUCGCUACUUGAAACGGCACUUUCCAUCAAAAUUUGUUGGAUCUCGUAUUGGCAAGUCUAUUACUUUUCGUGGACACUUGGCACCAGUAUACUCUGUAAUAUUUGACAGAACUGGCACGCGACUAGUUACUGGUGGAGACGAUUCGUUAGUUAAAGUAUGGAGCAUAGAAAGUGGUUGGCUUAUGGAAACAUUGCGAGGCCAUCAAACUUACCUUCCAACAAAUGAGCGAGUAGUCAUUAUUGACAUAGCAAUAGACUAUUAUAACAAGCAUCUUGCUACUGCUGCCAAUGAUCAAUAUAUUCGAUUAUGGAAUUUCGACUCGCUCACUCCAAAACAAUCUUUACAUGUUGGCAAGGAAAUCACCACCAUCACAUUUUCACCAUCCCCUGAAGAAGACAAUCAAUGCCUUUUAGUAACAUGUGCUGACAGUAAAUCUCGAGUAUAUAUGUGGGACCCCACUACCAAGUUUUUUUGUCGUAAUCCAAUUAUAAUACAAGGAGGAACGAUUGCUAGAGAUCAGGUCACGUCAUCCUCGUUUAAUAAGACAGGAACCAAAUUUGCAACAGGGGGUUCGGAUGGUAUUGUGUAUCUAUAUUCAAUUUUAUCUAGAUCAUUGAUGGAUGUGGGCGGUGGAUCAGAUACCAAUACAAAUGUAUAUGCGAGUCAAGCAAGACAAGCCAGUGUGGUUCAACCAAAACUUAUCAAGAUGUUUGACUGUCACAAGUCACGAGUGGCUGAUGUCAUUUUCAGUAACCGUGGCGAUCGUAUUUUAUCUGGAAGCAAAGAUGGGUCUGUAGUAAUUAACCAAUUUUGUCCAAAAACAGCAACUUGGACGAGCCUAUCAUUUGCUCCUAUAUUAGUUUAUUUGGUUGGAUCUGAACCAACCACAAAUCCUCCUGAUCCAGCUCCUGCUGUUGCGUCAACUAUCCAAGUAGACCAUGCAAGUACGCCUGCAGGACUAUUUGAGUCGUCUCUUGGUGACCCAGGAGUAGAUGUACCUUUAGAUACUCGCAUUGAUAAUGCUGCAUCUACAGAUCGGCCUCGCAAUCGAUCGGAACUGCAUGCAUUGGAGGCAUACUAUCUAUGUUGGAAUGCGGAUGACUCCUGUAUUAUGGUAUCAUAUGCCGAGUCUAGAAACGAAGCAAUAUAUGUCAACUCUCGGAUUCAAGUCUAUGACUCUGUGCGUGGUGAUUGUAUUCACUCGCUUAGAACACAUAAAGAUUUAGUUAUUGCGCUAUCACCGCACCCCACGGAUAAUCGCAUGUUAUUGAGCACUGGGCAUGAUGGAAUCGUUGUAUUUUGGGAUAUUUUUAGAGGAAUACCGAUUUAUUCGACCAAAUUUACGGAUGCAUUGCUAGACUCUAAAUUCUCCCCAGACGGAACACAUGUAGCCUUUGUGGAUGUAACUGGCGCGGCUCAUCUCUACGCUUUUGGUGUAAGCAAAAACAAGUUUACUGGAGUUCCCGAGUUUCAAUUUUUUAAUAAAGACUGGAAGAUUGUCAAGCAAGCUGAUCAGCACGGUGGACUGGUUGACGAAGAAGCUCAACUUCCAGCUCAUCUUGUGGUUCAAGGUGUUUUAAUGGACCAAUCUGCCUCUGUUCAUCCAUCAUCUAUUCAAUCAAAGCGACAAUCUUGGCUAGCAUGGUUGGAGUCUCGUACCAAAUCUGUUGCACAAGGGAUAUCACAGCCUUUUGAGGAACUUUCCACCUUGACAAAACUGCAUUUGUUUGACGAUAUGCCAUGUGUCGAGGCAGAUUUAGUUCAUCGUAAAGCACUUUUGGAAGAAGAACGACAAUGGAUCAUUUUUGAGCAAAGAUUCACCACACAGCUACUUGAUGUGAAGCUGUUGAAGAAACGACGAAACCAAAUUGUUGAAAGCGAUAACGAGGGCGAUGAUUUGAUCCAGGAUAUCACUACUGGAUCACAUGUAAACGGUGCAGAUGUCUUGGGCACCUUUGGUGAUUCUGGAAGCAUUUCUGGUAGAGUAUUGAACGGAUCUGCAACAAACGGAAACAUGUUUCCGUUGCAAGACCCUAUUGUUCCAUUGCCUGUCUCCAGUGGCGAUGAGUACGAUGGUAGUCAGGAUGAAGUAGAGGAAGAUUCUGAAAGUGACGAUGAUGAUGGCGCUGUUGCUUUUGAAAAUGGUGACGAGAGAGGCGAUCCCAGUUCUGUAAUGUCUACAUUUUCAGCAUCUACAGCAAGUAAUUCAAAUCAUCGUCAUCCUAGAGCACGAAGCCAACAUUUAUUUCAAAUUGAAGAUGAUGAGGAUGGCGCACCUGGUCCAUCGCAGAGUCCAUUUCGAAUGCGAACCACUACCUGGCGACAUACGUCUACCUCUCGUAAAUCGGAUCGCAGAAAGACACAACACGGUACAAAUGGACAUAAUUCAAAUGGAUCGGGGAGACCACGAGCCAAUGUUUCAUACGUUAAUGAUGAUACAACAGACGAGAUGGAUACAUCAGAAGAUUCAUUGGACGAGUCUGAUCAAAGCCCAGUUCGUGCUAGAACAUCGCGUGGUACAACUUUUAGACAGCCUGCUACAUCUACAAAUAAAUCCAAAAGCAAAUCCAAGACUGGUUCGCAACGUCAUACUGUACAGCAUAAACAACGGAGUGGUUUGAGCAACACAGGCCAGUCUAAAGAAACUAUUUCAUCCUACUCUCGGAUUGUUGCUAGUCCGUGGGUAUCCACAUAUCAUCAAGCCUGGAGUCCAUAUCUACCCCAGAUUGGAGACAUAGUAGCCUAUAUACAAACGGGGCAUCGCCAUUUUCUUACAAAAUCUGCUGCACUUUCAAAAACUACUGGAAUUCGCUUUCCAAAUACGCCGAUUGAUGAAACUCUUUCGUUUGUUUCAUUUGGGAAAAUUUCUGUUUUGGAGUUUGAGCCUGGAUUUAUAAAAAAGACACGUUCGGUUGCUGCUGCAGAAAAUGAUUCUAGUUUAGAAAAAUCGGAUAUUCCUGUUAUAUGUCUUGUCACACUAGAUCUUUUUUCACCACGCGAUUGCAACUCGCCUAUUUCAACUCUUCAAGAUCUUGUUCCUAUGACACAGGCAACAGCAGGUCGUAACACUGAAAAAUCACAACGCAAGAAACUAAAAAUUGCUUUCUGUGAUCUGGAUGAUCUUCCUGAUUUUUUAGUUUUAUUUGACAACUACGUUGCUGGAUCUCGAUGUCGUGGCUAUGGCUUGUCUGGGUCAAAUUCUGAAUUGAGCAUGACUGAAUCAGCUUGGGAUGUGGGUGAUCACGCUAUUGUACGAUAUGGUGAUGUUGAUUAUGCGGGUAUCAUUCACUCCAUUGCUGAUGAGACCGAUGAUCCAUGGAGUAAGUAUACUGUGCAGUUUAGUGGCACAGUUGUGGAUGGUGUAAGCGGAGCUAGUGGUGAUGGAGAGUCUGGUGUUGAUACAUUUAGCGCUUGGGAGAUUCGGCCUGAACAUACCACAUGGCCAUUUACAGAAACUUUGCCUGAAUAUGAAACGUCACGUAUAAUGGCUAUUAUAGAGGAUGUUUGCACAAAAGAAGAGAUGGCUUUAUUUGUUGAUCCGGUUCCAUAUGAUGCAUUCCCUACAUAUUUGCUUUUUGUAGGAUAUCCCAUGUGGCUUAACCUGAUCAAAGCUAGACUUGAAAACAACUUUUACCGCAGAACAGAGUCUGUUGUGUGGGACAUUGAGCGGAUUCAUAUCAAUGCUUCCAGAUUUAAUGAGCCGGAUUCUGCCAUCGCGGUAUUGGCUGUGACAUGUCUUACAAAAAUUGCCGAUGCUAUCAAUGAUACAAAUUGCACACAACUAGAAUGGAAAGUAUCGGAAUGGAUGGGCGAGUUGCAUCAAUGUACAUCUGACGAUUGUACAUCAAGUACCGUAAACACAAACGAAAAUUCUGAACCUCAGAUAGAUGACGAUAGCGAAACAAAUGAGAGUCGUCACAGUCAAUCAUACCAAUCCUCGAGUAAUUUUGAAGACGAAGAUAUGCCUGUUGCACCUGAAGGACGAUCGAAAAAAUCUAGACUAUUUUCCAAACAGCAGUCAAGUAAACAGGGCCGAGCUUCGAAACCCGCAGCAUUUCCCUCACGUACUUCCAAACGGAAACGCAUGCAAAUAUCUUCAUCUGACGAUGAUGUGUUUUGUCCACGGAAAUCGGAUAGCGAAGAGUUUGAAAGUGAAAGCAUGGUUGAAUCUGACCAAUCUGAAUCUAAUCAAUCUGUCGAUGAGUAUGAUAAUAUGUCUCGUGUAACCAAGUCUCAGCGUAGUAAGCGUCGACGAUGA